AUGGUCGCUACUUCCUCCAGUUACCCUCUGGUGGCGAAGUGGAGGGUGGAGGUGGAGGUGGAGGCGGAGGCGGAGUGCGCAAAUCGUUUGGAGGGAGAUUUGUUUAUAUCGAGCCUCACAUUAAUGGAAAUUGGAUCACCCCCACCGCCGAACUGUGACAAUUAUUCUUCAUCUGAUGAAAGUGUUGAUAAUACAAAUUGUGGAGAUUUACAUACCCCUGAUUGCCCUAACAAAGUGAAACCCUUUGUUGGUCGUAACUUUCCCACAUUGGAGAAAGCAAUUCAGUUUUAUGAAAAUUAUGGUCGACAUGUUGGUUUUGAUACCCUCAAGUGCGGGUCUAAAAAAAUUGGUCAACUCACCAUAUGGUUUUAUAUGGCGUGUAGUAGAGAAGGUGAAAAAAGAGUGCAAGACAAGCAAGCUAGACGCAGACGUAAAUCCAAGAAAUGCGGCUGUAAAGCUAGGGUUGCCUUCAAGUUUGACUCCGACAGAGGCUACGUAAUCAAGAAUUUGAAUGAAGAACAUAAUCAUCCUAUGGUGCUUCCAAACCACCAGAAAUUCAUGAGACUCAAUCGCGUUCUUGACGAUGUCCACCAAAAAUUUAUUACCGAUUGUGCUGGUGUCAAUAUUGGUCCAUCACUAACAUUUAAAUUGUUGACUGAAUUGAUGGGUGGAUAUGAGUCAGUCGGGUGUACUGUAUUGGACGUUCGCAAUUACACCCGAGACAUUAGGAGAUAUGCUGAAGGGCAUGAUGCUCAGAUGAUAUUAGAUGAGCUAAGGAAGAAGAAGAAAAGUUGUGAUGCCUUCACGUAUGAAUAUAAGGUCGAUUCUAGUGAUAGAAUGUUGAUGGAGUACUCUAUGAUAUUUGCUCCGUUCACUGGUAAGGACAAUCAUGGAAGAGCUAUGACAUUUGGUGCAGGUCUACUUUGUAGUGAGAGUGCAGACUCUUUCUCCUGGCUAUUCCGGCAGUUUGUGAAAUGCAUGGGUGUAGCUCCGAAAUUGAUCAUUACUGACCAAGACCUGGGAAUGAAGGUUGCUGUCGAGGAGGUCCUUGUGAACACACGUCAUAGAUGGUGUAUGUGGCACAUCAUGGCAAAAGUUGCUGAGAAGGUCCCAAAAUCAUUGCUUGGUAAUACAGAUUUUAAGAAGGAGUUAAACUCAUGUGUCUGGUCCGAGUUGAUUGAAUCCACCGAGUUUGAAGACACUUGGCAUAAGAUUAUGGAGGAAUAUGGACUUGAAGACACGGAUUGGUUUUCUACAAUGUUUCGAUCAAGACAGUAUUGGGUUCCAGCAUACUUUAGAGACUUUCCUGCUAGUUCUUUGAUAAAGACAACCUCUGUUUCUGAGUCGCAGAAUAGUUUUUUUACGAGGUAUAGCAAGUCCAAAGCUAACCUUGUUGUGUUCUUAAUGAACUUCAACAAUGCUUUGGAGGCUCAAAGGUACCAAACGGCAAAGCUUGAUUAUAUGGAUGCUAAUACCACAUCGACAUUGAAGACACAGUGGCCUAUUGAAAAGUAUGCUUCUACAAUAUUUACUGACAGUGCAUUCAAGGAAAUUCAAGAACAAAUAUUGGAGGCAUACAAUCAUUGCAGUAUUUUGGCGAUAUCAAAUGAAUCCACUCAUGACAUCUACAAGGUAUUAGAUCAUUUCUCAAACACAUGGAAUGUUACAUACUCAGAAUUGGAUUUUGCCUUUCAUUGUGGUUGCAAAAUGUUUCUGAGAACUGGUCUUGUAUGCUGUCACAUCUUCCUUGUGUUGAAACACAAAAACUUUAAGUUGAUUCCUGACAAUUUGAUUGGAGGUCGAUGGUUAAAGUCCCCACUAGUAAAGUCAGCUCAUGGUGUUGACUGUGAAGAUGUGAGUACUCAUAUCUAUGUGGAUGAGAAGAAGAAGGCUUCGUCUAUCUUGUUGGGUGAAAUGUUGUCUUUGUACCAAGCUGUUUCUAUCGAUAUUGAUCAAACCCAUGAAUUGACUUCUAUACUUCGUGAUGUAAGGCAGCAAAUUUUUGCCGAUGGUGUGGUAUUGUCAGCUGCACAAAAGAAGCAGCGUAUUGAGUCUUUUUAUGGUGGGGAGAAACCCCUUGUUGUUGAUGUUCAUCCUCCUGAAGUUGUAAAGACGAAGGGGCAUGCAAGUAGGCUCCAACCAAGGUUAGAAAAAGCUAUGCGGCUAAAGAACAAACCUGUGCGCCAAUGCAAGAAAUGCCAUGAGUGGGGUCACCACGAUUCAAGGAAUUGCGACAAAAUUAAAGAGAAAGAACUUCAGAGAUCAAGAAGGGAGUCUGAAAUUUGA